AUUCACAACACUUCACAGAACAAAACACAACAAAACAACACAUUCACAGACACAAACACUGUUAUCUAUCUACAACACUCUCUAUCCCCUUUUUCAAUUUAGGGUUCAUCUUCGAUUCUAAUUUCAAUUUCAAUUUCCCCCAAAAUGGACUCCGAUUCAUGGAUCUCAUCCCGUCUCUCCAACUCCUCACGCCGCUACUAUUCUCGAUCCGAUCUGUUUCUCGGCGGAAACGACGACGCUGAACCUGGCGGCGAUGAUUUACGAGCGGAGUAUCUUUGCCCUUUCUGCGCUGAAGAUUACGACGUCGUUUCUCUCUGUUGCCACAUUGACGAGGAACAUCCUCUCCAAGCCAACACUGGGGUUUGUCCUGCUUGUGGGGAAAAGGUGGGAAUGGAUCUUGUUGGACAUAUUACGACGCAGCAUUCGAAGUUUUUCAAAGUGCCGCGAAAAAGGAGGAUAGUGAGGAAAGGAGUUUCCAACUCAGCAUUAUUUAGAAAAGAGUUGAGGGAAGGAGCAUUGCAUUCUCUUCUUGGAGGUUCUUCAUCCAAUUCCGAAUCCGAUACUCUGUUGUCAUCAUUUAUUUUUAACCCAGUUUUAGGCAAUGAAGCUGUGAGUGAGCAAUAUAGUUCUUCCAUUGAAGCUUCCCCAGUAAAAGAUAGCUCAAAAGAUACUCUUGUGGAAAGAAAACCUGAACAAGUACAGAUGUCAGAUGAGGACCGAUUAGAGAAAACCCGAAGGUUAAAUUUUGUGCAAGGGCUUCUGAUGUCCACCAUUCUUGAUGAUGAUUUAUGACUUCUAUUGUAGCUGGUAUAUUAUAAUAUGAGCAGGCGCUGAUCGCGAAGGAGGAGUUUGCUCGAGUGUUACAGAGUGGCAGUAGCUAGAUGCUAGAUCGGAUAAAUAUGUAACGAAUGUAUCUGUAGUUAUGUUAAUAUAAUGCAAAUAUGAAGAUACCUUUUUCGAGUAAAUAUGUAAUGAAUGUAUCUUUUGAUAGGUCCAUCAAAUAACAUGGACCCUUUAUUCGAGUUGCUUCACUAGACUUACAUAAUUGAUAACAUAAAGAAGUUAACGAAAUAAGAAAUUUCUUAA